GAUGAGUACUCGCUCUCGAGCGUCCAGGGUGCGGCAGCACAUCCACUGUGACUCCUGCUACAGCCGGCGCUGCAGGGCUCGGGUGGAGGUCUCUGUGUGCUGUGCGGUCGUGCCCUGCCGCCUGCACUGUGGAGCUCUCUUCCACCUGUGCAAGGAGGAGGAUCACCUGCUGCUGUGCCCCAACGUGAGGGUUCCCUGCCUCAACGCUGAGUACGGCUGCCCGGUCCACCUGCCCCGCUCCUCGCAGGCAGCUCACCUCCAGGUGUGUCCUGCCAGCGUGGUGUGUUGCUCCAUGGAGUGGCUCCGCUGGCCUACUGAUAACACUAACCCACAUGGUGAUGUAGCUCUGCAGGAGAACGUGAUGAAGGAAAAUGAGGGGCAGGGGGAGGCUCUGGAUCUCGCCAUGGCCUUGGUGGAUCAGUCAGACCUUUACGACCGUCUAAAAAUGAAGCCCCUCUAUCCAGAGCUGAUGGAGGCAGCAGAGGAGGAAAUAAAUGAUGAGAAGAAAGAGGAGGCUGCAGAGGGAGGCUUAGUCAAUGGUGUCGCACACGAAGAUACUAACGAAGGUCUCCCCACAUCUGUUACUUCAGAAAACCAGUAUGUUGUUGAGGAGACUGUACAGAACAGUGUGGCGCAGGACUUCACCCUCAACAAAGAGAAAUUCAACAUGUCUGAGAUGAUGUUCAGCAAGGAGCGAGGCGGCUGUGCUGUUGCUCAGGAAAACCAAAACAAUCCCAAACAAAACCCAAAAUCCAAUGAGAAGAUGAAAAACCAGAGGCAGGACAGCGUGGGGAAAACAACACCUGCAGACCACAGAGACACGGAGGAAGACGGCAAGGCUGCAGCCGAAAACUGUCUUCCACAUGACACAAGUAAGACAGGGCUCGCCCCGUGGCAGGAGGGGGUGCUGGACCGUCUGGGGCAGGAGCUCACCCCGCAGGAGUACAACAUGUACGUGGUUCAUCACGGGCGCAUGCUGCUCACCUUCGGACAGAUCCAGGCCUGCACACCGAGGGAGAGGGAUUUUGUCUACGGCAGCCUGGAGCCUAUCCCAGUCCAGACCCUGCGCUCUUUCAAGAUCCCUGACAGCUAUCACUACAGGCGGCGGGUUCAUCUGUACGACACGGCUGCUCGGGCUCAAAGUGAACCUCGCAGUGUGGACACAUCAGACCUGGGAGUCAAUGAAGAGGACUGGUUCAUCGAUGAAGCCGCAACCACCCUGCUGGGCUACGCCGAGACGGUGGUCAUGGGUCACAAGAUCAGCCAGUCAAAGGCAAUCGAUGGACUCUACGUUGACGAGGGAACGCAGACCCACUCGUUCCGCUCGGCUCCGUUUAAAGAGAAGACGACCCUGGCAGAGGUGAUGGUGGACAGACCGCUGAAGCUUCAUCUACAGCUACAGGCGGAGAGGGUGAACAGUAGACACAACAAAGCCAGCUGUGUCUUCACUUUCCUCUGCGGUCACACCUUCCACCGCAGAGAGUUCGCCACACAUUUCAGGAACGUCCACAGCGACAUCCAGACGUCUCUGAGUGGAUGGUUCGAGCAGCGGUGCCCCCUAGCAUAUCUUGGAUGCACCUACAGCCAGAGGAGGUUCCAGCCCUCCACACAUAAAGCCACUGUCUCCUACAAUCAGCGGCUGAGGAGUUUCAACCUGCAGCCGAUACUUGAAGACUCAGUAGGCGACGCCUCCCGGCCGCCCAGGAGCUCAGCGGACUCCUCCACCUCUCAGAGGAAGAGAGGAGGUCGAACAGGAGGAGGGGAGGACUCCCUCAGCUCGCUGCCCUAUGAGGUGCUGUGUCACAUGGCCAGUUUCCUGGACAGUCUGUCCCUGUCCCAGCUGGCUCUGGUGUCCCGGCUCAUGAGGCAGGUGUGCUCCUCGCUGCUGCAGGACAGAGGGAUGGUGACCCUCCGCUGGGAGAAGAAGACCUACUCACAUGGAGGAGCCAAGUGGAGGGCCAAACCUGUGUGGGAGUUCAGUCAUCUGUUCUCCACAGUGGAUUCGUGGCAUAUGGCUGACAUCCCCCCCAUAUCUGCUCAUCUCAAAGUCUGCCCUUACUACGAGCGCUCUCUGCACAGUCGGCCUGUUCCCCUCCCCAGCAUGAGUGAGAAACAGGGGAGCGGUGACGAGAACCAUAGCCUCAUCAAACAUUUCUCACAGAACAGAUGGAAACAAUGCAAAAAAAAUAUUUAA